CCUCAGGACGGACAGCAGUGGCUUGUAAGAGCGGGCAGGGCCAUUUUGGCCUUCUUCUACAGACCUUGUCUGGGAGGGGAUGGGGCUGCUGAGCCAUGUGCACCACCCUCUUCCUGCUCAGCACCUUGGCCAUGCUCUGGCGCCGCCGAUUCGCCAACCGGGUCCAACCAGAGCCCAGAGGAGUAGACGGGGCCGUUAUGGGCAGCAGAUUGGAAACAGACCUCCCGUCCGCAGGCAGGGAGAAAGAGUCUCUGAAGUAAGUCGUCACCUCUUCAGGCGGAGCUCGGCCCCAGGGACUGAGAUCAGGGGCAGAAGCAGUUCAAGUCCUGGCUUGCUCCCCACCCACAAAGGACGCUGUGGUAGAAGCAGCAACAGGAAGCAGGAGAAUGGGAAAAAGCAGCCAUCAAGAAGAAGCGUGUAUCGGGAGCCUGCGACAUACACACCCUGUGGUAGGUGCUGGAGUCAGACCGUGACGAAAGGGACGGUGCCCGACCUGCCAGGGGGGACAACAGGAAGAACCUGGCUGAGGAAGCCCAGGUGUGCUGGCUUGGCCUCUGUCUGGUCACAUGAGCUUUCCUUCUCUGGACCUCAGUCUCCCCAUUUAACAGGCAGUGUGGAACCCAAGUGGUCUGGUGCUGAGGAUGGGAGGGACCCCUGACUACCCUCAGAAGAACCGUCUGGUAAAAUGAAGGGGAUGGACCACUUCCAGAUUCUCCCAGUCAGAACAGGCUACGAUGGACCGUGUUUGGAGGUGCUGACAAUGACUCGCCCCCUCAGCAAGCGUGGAUGGAGCACCUGUAUGCUGGGCCUCGUGGGUGCAGAAAUGAAGCAAGACUUCCUGCCACAAAGAGCUAGAAAACAUGGCAGAAUAUAAGCAACCGACACUUGAUAGCAGGCACCACACAGGAUGGUGACCACAUGGCCGCCUCAGUGUCUGCCUCACCCAGGUCCCUGUCUGUGGCGUGGGGAGGGGAGCCCCAGCAGACUGCAGUGGUCUCGUUCUGGCGAGGAGACAAGAGCAGAGCUCAGGACAGCGUGCUGUUCCUAAGGGUAUACACACAGAUCAGUGGGAUCGCCAAAACAGACACCACGAAGGUGAUCCAAUGGAGAAAGAAAAGUCCUUUUGAGAGAAUACAAAAAGCACUAACCAUAAAAGAAAAAGAUAAGUUGAACUUUAUCGAAAUUCUUGGAAAGCCCAGAAUAUUUGCCAAGCAAAAAUCUGAGAAAGGACCCGUAUCCAGAAUAUAUAAAGAACUUUUACAACUCAAUAAUAAGAAGACAGCCCCCCAAAAGGGGGGGGGUUUAAUAGACACUUCGCAAGAAAGUAUACAUAUGGCCAGUAAACACAUAAAAAGAUACACAACAUCAUAAGUGAUCAAGGAAAUGCAAAUUAAAACCACUAUGAGAUACUACUGCACACUCACCAGAAUGGCUAAAAGACCAUGAUAGAUGUUGGUGAACGACCGUAAUCCUGUACUAAUACAUUGCUGGGAAACCAGUUUGGCAGUUUCUUAGGAAGUUAUCCAAGAGGAAUGAACCUGGUCCACACAAAGAGAUGUUCAGAGCAGGGUUAUUAAUAAUAGCUUCAAACUGGAAACAACCCAAAUAUCCUUCAACAGGUGAACGGAUAGGAAAGGGGGCAGUGUAUUCACACAAUGGAAUACUACUCAGCAAUAAAAAGGGAAUGAGCCACGAUAUGAGUCAUAACACGGGGCACUGAGAGAAGCCAGACCCCAAAGAGCACCUACUGUAUGAAUCCAAGUAGAGGAGAUUCUAGAACAGGCAGAACUAAUCUGGAAUGGCAGAAAGCAGAUCAGUGGUUGUCUGGUGCCAGGGCUAGAUAUGGACACUGUGAAAUAGCAGGAAGGUGCCCUUCAGGGUGCUGGAGAUGUUCUAAGUCCUGACCGGGGUUGUGGUUAUACGGGUGUACGGCUGAUUGGAUGAUUGAAUCGUACAUUUUAAAUGCAUGCAUUUUAUUGUAUGUAAAUUAUACCUCAAUAAAGAUGACUUAAAGAGUUUAAAAAAAACCAACAAGAAUGAAGACCUGAUCCUUGUCUUGCUCACAGUCUAGUGGAAAAGC